UAUUUUUUCCUUGAGAGGAAAAGUCAAAACCAAAAAAUCGCAACGAUCGAAACACACCCACACCAGAUCAGAAAGAUUAUUUCGAUUGCUGAAUAUAAUAUAAAUAAAGUGUAAAAUAAUAUUUUAAUUGUAUAUUAUUAUUUUGAGCGCAAGUGGACUGUCGCUGAUCGAACAUCGCCAAUAAUAGUGCCAACAAAAUAUUUCAUAUUAACCGAUCUUCACCCAGUUGCUGUUUCAAAAGUUUACCUGCAAUCAUGAGAAAGUUUCACCGAUUUUUAGUAUUCAGCAUAGCAAUGCUGAUCCUGUACCUGCUCUAUCGUUAUUCGUUUCCUGUGGACAGCGACGGAAACUACCUCUUUUUAAAACCAAUAUUGCCGCCAGACAACAGCGGAAAUUUCCUUACGCUGUUGCAAUCCGAUGACCAAACAAACGACGGAGAAAGCCACUACGGAACGAGGAGGCAGGCGGAUCCCACGCGAUUGGUCAAUCUGACCGAUUUCCGCUACCGUAUUGAGAAUAAUCUCUGCAAAGAGAACGGGACCUACUCGGAACUGUUGGGUGUGAUUAUGAUCACUUCCUACGUUGGUAAUGAUGCGCUGCGGGCAGCGCACAGGCAGGCCAUUUCACAACAGAAGCUGAUAUCGAUGGGACUGUUGAGAAUAUUUUCACUCGGAGACAUUCCGCUGCAAGAACACUUAAUCACGCAGAAAGCUAUUCAAAGCGAACAGGAUCUAUUCGGUGAUUUGAUCCAGGGUAACUUUGUGGAAGCCUACCGAAAUCUGACCUACAAGCACAUAAUGAGUCUCAAAUGGUUUACGGAGCACUGCCGGAAGGCUAAAUUUGUGCUCAAAAUGGAUGACGAUAUUGUGUUUGAUCCGUUCUUCAUUCAAAAUUAUUUGUCGGAUGUGGGUCAACGUAAAGAUCAGGAACGAGUUUUGGCCGGAUUCGUGUUCAACAACAAGAAAGUGAUCCGUCUGAAGGCCAACAAGUGGUACGUUUCGCGGGAGGAGUUCCCUCGUGAAGUCUACCCGCCGUACUUGUCCGGCUGGUUGUACAUAGCCAAUCAACGUGUGGCUCGCGAGUUGGUGCUCAAAUCGGAAGUGGUUUCCUUUUUCUGGAUUGACGACACGUACGUGACGGGAGUUCUGGCCGGUCAAAUGGGAAUUAAAUUACAGAGUCUGAAUAAAUGGUUCAGUGCCAAUUCGGAGUUCCUGGAUUGCUGUAUCCGGGAUAUGAAACGAUAUUCCUAUCAGUGCGAUUACUAUGUGGGGCCAAACGGGGGUAACAAUCAGCUCAUAAUGGAUUUCAUUCAGGAGCUGGAGCGCUGUUACGACAACGCUUGCUACCAGCGACCAAGCGGGAAACCGUUGACGAAGACCUGUGUGGCCGAAUAUAAGAAUACUGUACAACAGCAACAUGGGACGGCGCUGGUCAAUAUGAUGCGGCUUUAAGGUUAGUUGAAAUUUAUUGACUCACGAUUUAAGGCGUAUUACAAGAGAUUUGCAGCACUUUUCAAGGCAUAGGUAGAUGAAUUUUAUUACAGAUAUUAACAGACAUUUAGGCUCGCAUUUAGGUUAAAAACGUUGGACGUUAUUAGUUGAAGAUCGUAGUAAUCAAGCGCUACCCUAUCAAUGCUAAGAAACUACCCUAGUAACCCGAUUGUUUCAAUGGAUCAACAAAGAAGAAAAAUUGUGUACCAAGACAAA